AUGAUAAUCCCUGCACUUCUCUCUGAUCACCCUGGCUGCAGGGAGGUGCAGAAGGCUGUGAACACCGCCCAGGGGCUCUUCCAGAGGUGGACAGAGCUCUUACAAGAUCCCUCCAUUGCCACAAGAGAAGAAAUUGACUGGACCACUAAUGAACUCAGGAACAACCUGCGGAGCAUCGAGUGGGACCUGGAAGACUUGGAUGAAACAAUUAGCAUCGUUGAGGCAAACCCACGGAAAUUCAACCUCGAUGCCACGGAGCUGAGUAUCAGGAAAGCCUUCAUCACGAGCACGCGGCAGGUGGUCAGGGAAAUGAAGGAUCAGAUGUCAAACUCCUCCAUGCAAGCACUGGCUGAAAGGAAGAACAGGCAGGUGCUCCUGGGAGAAAGCGGGAGUCAGAGUUGGAGCACUGGACCUGACAAAUACAGCCGUCUGGACCGGGAGCUGCACUUAGCAAAUUCACACUUCAUCGAGGAGCAGCAAGCUCAACAACAGUUGAUUGUGGAGCAGCAAGAUGAGCAGUUGGAGCUGGUCUCUGGCAGCAUUGGGGUGCUGAAGAACAUGUCCCAGCGCAUUGGCGGUGAGCUGGAGGAACAAGCAGUGAUGCUGGAUGACUUCUCCCACGAGUUAGACAGCACUCAGUCACGGCUUGAUAAUGUCAUGAAGAAGCUCGCCAAAGUAUCUCACAUGACAAGCGAUCGACGGCAGUGGUGUGCAAUUAUCGUCCUCUUUGUCAUCUUGCUGGUGGUGCUCAUCCUGUUUUUUGUCCUGUGAUGGACUGAACUUCCUUAGACGCCCCCUCCCCACCUCCUUGCCCCCGUAGCACGGGGAAAUGAAACUCUCACCGUUUCCGUCCGCCCACAGAGAUCCCCGGCAAGAAGACCCACACCCAGCUCUCGCCGUUCUCCUCUGAGGAUCACGGCUUGGCCCCACCUGUGUCUCACCUGGCCUUGGGGAGAGGGGGUAGAAGACUGGAGCUGCCUUCUCCCCCAGUGCGGCGCCAACCUGACCUGGGCUCCAGGUCCGGAGCUGGGCAGCUUGGAGGGGGACUUACCCCUGCGCUUCCACCCCGUGCAGGUAGGAGCUGGUUGCAGCGGUCCGGAGCUGCUGGAGGUCGGAUGCGGACACGGACACGCAGCAACGAGCCCUGGGGAGGACAUGCCCGGGGAGGGUGAGGAAUUAAUUAAUUCACUGAGCAUUACAAACCACAUUGCCAGCCCGCGGGGGUUUGCCAGCCAAAAAAGCAUUACUGGGAGGAGUGGUGGUGUGAAACCCCACGCAGCCACAGCGAGGGAGGGGAGCCCCGGCCGCAUUCCCCCCGCCCCCCCCCGCUGCCUUCAUCUUGCUGAGACCCCAGGGUGAAUCUGCAGCAGAGCAUCCGCAUCCACCACCCCUUGGCAGGAGCUUACAGGCGGGUGAGCCCUCCGGUGCAGAGUCCUGCCGUCGGCCAGCCUGCCACAAAUAGAAGCCCCAGAGCUUUAAACUUGGGUUAAUGCACGCUGAAAGUUGGCAAACAAAACCAUCAGCCGGAGAGUGAGUUUCUUAAAGCUUUUAAAAUUGCCUCUGUUGUUAUACAAGCCUCUCAAGCUCAUUGACUGAUGCUUUCUUUGCCCUUGUAUAACUGAGUAACUGCUUCUGUUUAACAGCUGCUUCCCUUUGGCAAGUGAUUUGUCAGGUCUAAAAUAACUUAUUUUUUUUAAGGAAAAAAAAAAACUUUGAAGAUUUUUUUGAUGACCGUUCGAGCCAUGUUCUCACUGUGGGUGCAUGACAUGCAUUAUCCAAGGAAUGGGGCUCAAUUAUGUAUUUUAAGUGCAUAUGAACUUGUAAAUAGGAUGUCUUAAUUUUUCCCAACAGCUAUUUUUUGGACACCUCCAUUGUGAGCAACCAAAAGGCAGGAGAUUCAAAGCUAGAUCACGUUUCUGUAUGACUUCCCAGCCCUUUUGUUACCUCGGAGUUGUUUGUCACACGAGUUGUCUCAGCGGUGUCAGAUAGCCUAGUUGUGUCCCUCAUACAGUGGAUUAGGAGUUAGCCGGGUAGUCAAUACCCAUAUGUGGUGCAGAAAGCCCACCCUGGCAGUAUCACUGGGGAGAAAUGCAGGCAUGAGGGGGGUUCGUGCUGCAGACACUGAUUGCAGGAUGUGGAGUGACUCUUCAGGAAAGCAGAACUGGUUUCUUACUAAAGUCUGCUCCUGUAUUUAAGUUGCAAACACCAAAAGACUCAGGACAGGCUGGCUUACGCCUCCCAUCUGGGUCUCAGAUGGGGCUGGGGGAGAAAUUUAAUUGGUGUUGAUGCUAAGGCUUCUGCUGAAAUUGCAAAUCACCCCUGAAAAUCAUCCUCCCUGAGCAGGAAGCUCACUGCCAGACGGCUUUACCUCCAGGAUGCUUAGCCUGGACUGAACACUCCUCCCCGGCGGGUUUGUGGCUUCCUUCAAGUGGCUGCGUGACUCCCCCCUGUCCUCCCCGCAGGCGCGGGGCGCUGACAGCACCGUGCCUUCUGCCUGGGGCGAGACCAAGCUGCCCCGCUAGGUCUGGGCAGAGACUCUUGUCACUAACGCACACGCACCCUUAGCGCCGACCCCUGCCAAUUAUUUCAGCAGUUGCUCUUCAUUCUUAUUUUCUUUUGGUUACGCUGUAAGAAAUACGCGGUGCCUCCUUCCCAAGGCUGGCUCCCUCAAUGUCUGCGUGGCUCCUGGGGCUUAGUACAGAGCAGGUUCCCGGGAGUGUGAGUCCAAGCAGGGUGCUGGCCAGUGGCCGGUAUUCGCACACCUCCGAUCCCUGCGUUAUUUUCAGCAUGGUUGUGCAUCCUCCAGGAAAGGCUCCCGGUGCUCUGUGUGGGACCGCUGCAUUGCUAGUCCGGCAUGCUGCCGGAGGGUGGCCCAGCUGCUGGCAUCACCGCAAGCCACCAGGCUGUCUUCGGUCCCUUCUCCUGUGUACAUUUGCUUUUUCUGUUGUUGGUGAUGCCUCUCCCCUUAACACUAAAUAAAUGCAGUGCUGCUGCCCAGCGUGGCACAGCACAGAUCACC